AUGUUUUCAACGCGUGAUACACGUGCUAUUGAAUAUUUUGCUGUAAUAAAAAAUUUACUUCAACAGCUGUAUACGAAACCAAUACCAAAAAAACUUGAAAGACGUGCUCGAUAUAUAUAUAUUGACGACAUAUUUAUGACAACUAAUUUAUCCAAAGAAGAUAUUCUGAAAGAACUUGAUGAAACCAUUAAAACAGAUUUAAAUGUUAAAAUUAGUACUACUAUCAGUCAAUCAUUAGAAUAUCUUGAUGUUACUAUUGAAAAUAAUAAUGGACAUUUAAAAAUAUCUAUUUAUCAUAAAUCAGCUUUAGAACCCUAUAUUCUACCUAACGAAUCUGAUCACCCAAGACACGUUCAUGCGAAUAUAAUUUAUACUGCAUUAGUGCAAGCUGCACGUAGCUGUUCCAAUAUGGAAGAUUUUGAUAUGGAACGAUUAAGUACGGAAAUGAUAUUACUAUAUAGUUAA